UACCAAACGGGCACAGGCGAGUUAGCUAAUCAGGUGCUAAGUCAGCUAACUUGCAGACAUUGUACCAUACUCUUGUGGGGUAACGUUAUAAUGGUUGUAACAGAAACGCUGGCCAAAACGAAAAGGCUAGCAACAGUUAAAUGAAGUAGCAGGUCGUUGUUUGGGUUGUUUUUAAUUAGCUAGGUGUAGCUAACGCGGAAGGCAUCCCCACAGAGUAAUCAAUGGUUAGCAUAACGCAACGGAAAUAAUACUCUGCUCAUUUUAAAAGGCGUUCGUUCCUGAGCAAAGGAUGUCUAAACGCAUACGAAACACUGAGCUCUGCGCUGAUUGCAAUGUUCCAGAACCGCGCUGGGCCUCGGUGAACAGGGGUGUGUUGAUUUGCGAUGAGUGCUGCAGCGUUCAUCGAAGUCUGGGUCGACACAGCUCGCAAGUCCGCCACCUGAUGCACACACCAUGGUCUUCAACGCAGCUACAUAUGGUUCAGACAUUAUACAGCAACGGUGCAAAUUCAAUAUGGGAGCACUCUCUUCUGGACCCUGCGUCUGUGAUGAGUGGAAAACGCAAGGCCAACCCUCAGGACAAACUGCACCCAAACAAAUCAGAGUUUAUAAAAGCCAAAUAUCAAAUGCUGGCAUUUGUCCAUCGCAUGCCUUGCCGGGAAGACGACAGCUCGACAGCCAAGGACUUAAGCAAGCAACUCCACUCAAGUGUACGCACCGGGAAUCUCGAGACUUGUUUGCGGUUGCUAUCCCUGGGAGCACAAGCUAAUUUCUUUCACCCGGAAAAAGGAAACACUCCCUUGCAUGUCGCUGCAAAGGCAGGACAAGUUUCUCAGGCUGAACUAUUAACUGUUUAUGGAGCAGAUCCAGGAGCCCCUGACAGCAAUGCCAAAACUCCCAUUGACUAUGCAAGGGAAGCUGGCCACCAUGACCUGGCAGACAGAUUGGUGGAGAUUCAGUAUGAACUGACCGACCGACUGGCAUUCUACCUGUGUGGGAGAAAGCCAGAUCAUAAAAAUAGCCAGCACUUCAUUGUUCCACAAAUGGCGGACAGGAACAUCAGUUUAGAUUUAUCAGAAUUGGCCAAAGCUGCAAAGAAGAAAGCUGCACUGAGUAAUCACUUAUUCGAGGAGCUUGCCAUGGAUGUGUACGAUGAGGUGGACAGACGAGAGACUGAUGCAGUGUGGUUGGCUACACAGAAUCACAGCACGCUGGUGACAGACACGACUGUGGUGCCUUUCCUCCCUGUGAAUCCAGAGUAUUCAUCGACACGAAACCAGGGACGACAGAAGCUGGCAAGAUUUAAUGCACAUGAAUUUGCAACUCUUGUCAUUGACAUAUUAAGUGACGCUAAGCGCAGACAACAAGGGAAUUCAAUAAGCAGUCCCAAAGACAAUGUAGAAUUCAUCCUGAAGAGUGUGGCUGUCAGGCAUGGCAGUGACAGCCAGGACAACGACCAGCCUGACUACGAUAGUGUGGCGUCUGAUGAGGACACAGAUCACGAGCUCCCCUCGAACAAAGGAGAUAGGACCAAGAGCCUGGACUCUGACCUCUCGGAUGGCCCCAUUACUGUGCAUGAAUACAUGGAGGUGAAAAACGCGCUCUCUGUCUCUGAGGCCAAGAUCCAGCACCUCAUGAAAGCCAACAACAACCUGAGCGAUGAGCUGAGGCUGAUGCAGAAAAAGCUGCAAUCUCUGCAAAGCGAGAACUCCUCUCUCAGGCGGCACGUCCCAACCAAUAUCUAUCAGAUCCCCAGCGGUUCAGACUACCCCGACCCCUCCAGCCCCUCAGCCCUGAAACGCCGACAGUCUGCGCGUUCCAGUCGGCCCAUGUCUAUGUAUGAGACCGGCUCAGGCCUGAAGCCCUAUCUCCCUAAAGGAGAAACUCACUACCCAGAGGAGGGUAUCCCCACCCUGCAACCCUUCCCACCUCAUACGGAAAGGGGCGCUUUUGUGACCGCCUCUUCAUCCCUCCCCUCAUUUCCAUCCACCCUGUCUUGGUCGAAGGACGAGAGUGCUCAAAAGGCAUCGAAUUUAGAGAAGCAAAGCAGCAUGCCGGAAAGCGACUAUGACAACACAUUCAAUGACUCUGAGAUGGAUGAUUCGGGUUUGUACAGGAGAGGGAGGCUGAGGAGCAGCGGCUGGCUGAGGGAGGGCAGCUCUAUCCCUGAGCUGGAUGAUCUGGAGAUGGAACUAGACCCCACGCUUCCCAGCACAGAGGACGUCAUCCGCAAAACAGAGCAGAUCACCAAGAAUAUCCAAGAGCUGCUGCGAGCAGCUCAGGAGAACAAACAUGACAGCUUCAUACCCUGUUCAGAAAGAAUAUAUGUGGCUGUAAAAGAAAUGGCUGCCCUCUUUCCCAAGAAGCCCCGCUCAGAGACUGUGAGAGGCUCUCUGCGCUUGUUGACCUCCAGUGCGUACCGGCUUCAGAACGAGUGCAGGAAGGCGUUGCCUUCAGAGGGCUGCCCAGCACCGGACAUGCAGCUGGUCACCCAGCAGGUCAUCCAAUGUGCUUAUGACAUUGCAAAAGCAGCCAAGCAGCUCGUCACCAUUACCACAAAGGAGAAUACCAACUAACAGCACUUACAGGGCUGCAAGGCCGUCAGCAUCUCAGUUUCAUUCUUUAUUUUCCUUUUUAAUGAUUUUGCUUGUUUUUUGUAUUUGUGGUAUAUGCAUGCAUUGUUUUUUAAUUUAUGAAUAAAUAUUUAAAGCCAACUGAAUAAAUCUGAGUGUUAAAGGAAAAAAGUCAGCAAAUGUUCUUAGGGAUGCCCAGCUGUUAUAAUGGCACAAUUUCUCUUGAGGUAAUAAUAACUUCCAUAAAUCAAGCAGCAGCUAGCAGGCCUGGGGACUGUAAUGGUUUAUAGAUUACAAUUUGAGUAAAACUCAUAGUUACAAAUAUUCUUAAAUCAGUUCAUAAUGUAAAUGCCUUUAAUUGAGAGAAGAAAUUGAGCGCAGUUUAGUAGAUACACGUGAUGACAUUGGUUAAUGUUAUCAGCCCAAAGCCAGACACGGAUGCUGAAAAGUCAUAAAUGAGUCAUAAAUCCGCUGUCAUUGAAUGCUAACACUCUUGUAGCUAAAGGAGCUUCCUUUCAUUAAUCGCACUGUGCAAACAUCUUCAUUCUGUAAAGUUUAAUCUCCAUAAACAAAUUGACCAUUAAAUGUUGGCAACUUCAUUUAUGCACACUUUGUAGCUCUGCAAUGCUAAUGUUGCAUCGAAAAAGCUAUUUAUAUAGUUUGCCCCUUGUCCAAGAAAAAUCCAGUCUGCAGUGGACUUAUAUUUAUGUGUGCCUAUUUGUCAAGUUGGAGAAUUAACAAAAAAAGAAAAUGCUUGUUCAGGGGCCAAGUUGUAUUCUUCACCAGCACCAAGAUGUUUUUGUAUUCAGUUCAACUGAUGUUUCUCCACACUGCACUGUAUUCUGGGGUCUUGUGUGCCAUUGCAGUGUUGGUGAUGUUACAAUGUAUUCAGAGCUAUUAGCUACACUGUAUGUAUGUAUGUCCAUGUGUUUGGUGCUAUACUCCGGUAAUUGUUUUGUAUUUAAUGUGCAACAUAUGGGACAGAAGUCUAGACGUCUCCUGUAUUAUUGUGCAAGCCAACGUUCAUCCUCAUAAAGUGUUUCAGAGUUCAUCGUCAUUUUGAAAUCCGAUCAAGGUAAUGUCCCUACUUGUACUUGACCGGAGUGCUCGGAUGUAUGUGAUGCAGCUGUUAGGUUGCACUUUGGAAAAAAUAAUUAUUUUCUAAAUAAACUUAAUUUAUAAAUAUA